UCGGGGCGCAAGCGAGCGAGCGAGCGAAGGAGAGAGGGGAGAGUGUUGACAUUUGGUUUGUUAUGCCAUGGCCAAAUGAUCAUUCUGGAGAAAAGAAAACUUUAUGAGAGGAGAAAACUUUUUGGCUCUGCGCGACAGCGUAUUAAAAGUUUAUUACUUGUUAAGUUUGUAGCUCGGCAGUGCCUUGUUGCCUCCCCUGAUAUUAACAUAUCAGUUAGCGGAGAGAAGUGUAUUCGUUUAUUGAGUGUUGAGCUUUACUUUAUUGAAAUCGUAAAAUAUUUUUACUGUUGGUAAAAUAUCUUAUCUUAUCUUAUCUUAUAAAUUAAAAUUCCCAGGCAUGUGACAAUUUGGCUUCACUUACGGAAUUUAAAGAUCGUGCUUUUUUUUAUUUUUAUUUCUGUGGAUUAAGGUUAACCAGAAUGAUCAAAUCGCUCAUGGUUAAAUGAUUUCUACACAUUAAGUAUAGCAACACUUUUGAAUAUUGCCAAGGCGACAUAUUCUAAAUAAUGGAUACAAUGUGAAUUGUGUUUUUUUUUACCCCAUGCAAUUAAUUCUAGAAAAGUGUUUCACCUUGUGCCAGGUAGUGACCUGAUGUGUUGCCAGUGUCACAUGUCAUGACACAAUGUGACUGAAUGCUCUGCUGUGGAUAAGGCGAAGGAUAAAGAGAGCUGGCGUCUGGAGAGAGAUGGCCACUGUCUUGAUCACCAUCUUCGUCUUUUUGAUGUUCUCAUCAGAUGUAGUGGUCAGUUCAACUCUGGUGACCAGAACCACUGAAGAUGAGAGGGUCAGUUCAACUCUGGUGACCAGAUCUAGUGAAGAUAUUCGCCAUGAAGACGUAGCCUACGUCCUGCCUGAGAAACCUUCGCCAGAAGUGGAUGCCUCACCGUACUUGACGAGCAUCCCCAGGCUGAGCAGACUGCUGCAUUUCUUGGAGACAAACAUCUCCAUGUCUCAAAAGGACGAGCGACUAAAUCUGUCGCUAGAAACUCAUGAGAUGGACAGCGGCGAGGCACACGAUUCUUCUCAUCCUUCUCAGAUAAACGUAUUAAGCAAAGAGUCCCAACCCCCACAAGUCUCCGCCCACGGAAACAUCAGAAAGUUGGUCCUAACAACUAGCAAGUCACCAGUAUCGAAGGAUACGAAUUCUCAAAAACAAUCUGUACAUGUGACGUCAUCUAACGUCUUAACUCAGACUGCAUUGCAUCAUGUGUUGACUAAAUCUGGACAUCGUCCCCAUGCCAGGCGAAACACGUCUGAAGUAGCAGUCAGGAGACUGCCUAAAGCCAUUAUUAUAGGCGUCAAGAAGGCCGGAACCAGAGCUUUAUUGGAAUUUCUACGCAUCCAUCCCAAUGUAGAAUGUAGUGGCCCCGAACCUCACUACUUUGAUAAGAAUUACAACAUGGGUUUAGAAUGGUAUAGGGAUCGAAUGCCAGAGACGUACUCAGAUCAAAUUGCUAUCGAGAAAACUCCUGGCUAUUUCGUCACAAAAGAAGCGCCACAGCGGAUUUACGAUAUGGACCCUCAUAUUAAACUACUGUUGGUGGUGCGUGACCCAGUGACCAGGUCAAUCUCGGACUACUGCCAGGCGGCCACCAAGCACACACUGCAGCCCUACGAGUCUAUGGCGCUUCUGGAUGAGUCGCUGGGCCUCGUCAACACGUCGUGGAGUGCCAUCAAGAUUGGAGUGUACUCCAGACACAUGGAACAUUGGCUGCAGGUGUUUCCUCUAGCCCAGAUCCACGUCGUGGAUGGGGAGAGGCUGAUAGACGACCCGGCCAGCGAGCUCGCGAAGGUGGAACAAUUUCUGGGCUUGCCUAAAUUCAUCACCCCAUCUCACUUCUACUUAAGGGGCUUCAAGGGCAAGUUCCCAUGCCUGAUAAAACGCGGCAAGCCCCAUUGUCUAGGUGAAAAGACGAAAGGUCGCGAGCAUCCUGUAGUAAAAGAAGCAGUCCUCCAGAGACUCCAAGACUUUUACCGUCCUUUUAAUGCAAAGUUUUAUCAACAAGUCGGUCAGAACUUUGACUGGAAUUGAAAGCAAUCCAUAGUUUCUACUUGAACUUUACAUAAAAUGAAAUGCAAUGAACAGCAGCAUACAAUAGACGUGGAAUUAAAAGCCAUAAAUACCUUCCCGAGGACUGAAGAACGAUGUAAACUGUCCCUUAAGUUGCAAUAAGUCUUGGAAUUGCCUCAUUUUAACUGUGAAUAAUGAAAGCGGACUCACAUUCAAUUAUUUAAAUAAAUUAAUUGAUGGAUUUAUGAAAACAUGUAAAUAUGUGAGAAUCAUUCACUCUGCUAACAAAAAAUUGUAUUUUAGCGUCUGAAUGAACAUAUUAUACUUGUAGUAUUUUAAUGCCAUUAUUAUGGAAACUGAUUUCUCCAAGAUUUGAACACUAUAUUUGAACACUAUAUUUGAACAUGGCUCUUGUAUACGUUUAGAUGUAACUCCAGAAAACAAUGUUUGAACAUCUACCUAAAACUGACAUUGAGACAAUAUUGGGCCUAUAGACCAGCAUAAUGGCGAGCCAUUAGAAUGUGGUGAAGGGCUUUGAUCUUGUUGUUCGUGCAAGUCUAGCCACUCUCUCACCCACACGGACCUAAAGAUUGAGCUUCUCCUUAGAUUUCAUGAUGACUCGCGGUGGCUGAGCGGUAAUGCGUUUGGCUUCCGAACCGGGGAUCCAGGGUUCGAAUCCAGGUGAAGACAGGGAUUUUUAAUUUCGGUACCUUUGGGCACUAAUUCUAAUGGGUACCUGAUAUUAGUUGGAAAAAGUAAAGAUGGUUGGUCGUUGUGCUGGCCACAUGACGCCCAACCGUAGGCCACAGAAUCAGAUGAAACAUCUGCCCUAUAGACCACAAGGUCUGAUUGGGAAACUUUUAGAUUUCGAGAGAGCUGGUCAUCAGAAAUGUACCAAGAGCUACCAAAAGUGCAUCAUCAUGUGGACAGAUCACGUCUCUAACCAGGAAGUUUUGUAUUUGGCAGAGUGUCCAUGCACUAUUGGCCAAAUGGAAGAAUGACUAAGUGUAUCGUCUUAGCCGAGUUUACUGAGGACACAAAACACGUCAGAGAAUAGCCUAAAAGGAUGUCCGCAAGUAUGACCUCAGGUCUAGGGUCUCAAGGAAAAUAUGUAAGAGAACCUUGCUCAACAUCGCAGAGAGGACUGAGGUCCUGGAGAAAUAAGUUUCUUCUUUCUGAUAGACCUACAACAGAUUCCUUCACGUGCACACACUGUGACAUAGUUUCACACUUCAGAAUGACCUUGUUUCGUCACAGCAGACUCUACGCCCGAGUCAAGAAGAAAUUAGCAUCAGUAAUUCCUCCGAGUGCAUACAUAUAGCCCUAUAGAUCAAAUUUAAUCCUAAUUAACCUAAACAGGGUAUUGAUCUAGUAUGGACAGGGUUUUUUAGUUUAGCUUAUUCAUCAACAGGGUAUAUUGAUCCUACUUAUAUAUAUAUAUACAGGGUAAAUUGAUCUAGCUCAAGUAUAGAUAGCAUAGACAGGGUAAAUUGAUCUAUCGUAUGUUUACACACGGCAAAUUGACAUAUUGAUCAUGCUUUAUUAAGUAUAGACAACGCUAAUGGGUCACAAGCUUAUAAGUCAGUAAAUUAGUCAUUUUGUUUUGUAACAUACAUUUUGUAAAUUAUAGUAAUCAGUUGUUGUUUUUUCCUCUAGACAAUAAUGUGCAAUGACUUAACUAAUGUAUGUGUGUGUGUGUGUGUAUAACUAUUAUGUCCACCAUGUGUCCUGUGUAUGGUGUGUUGUGUGUAAUUGUCCUGUCCACCAUGUGUCCUAUGAAUCACCAGACAUAAACUAAAACUGCUGACCCUACAAUAGUUGUGAGACUGGAACACCAAGUGACCUGCCUAGCUGGCUAGGUCCUGGAGGUCAGUCUACUCUUUAAAACUGAAGUUUAUUUUGACGUCUGUUUCUGAUUCUUUCACUUUUAUGUCACAAUCAUUCCAGUUCUUAGUUUUGACUUUCAACAGUCACUCAAUGUCUAGAUUACUUUGAAGCAGCAUGAGUCAGCGUUUUUCAUCCUGUUAUACACUUCCUUCAAAAAAUGUGGGGGGGGGGGGCGAUACUGUAGUUAUAGAUACACACAUAUACUGUAGUUAUAGAUACACACAUAUGUACUGUAGUUAUAGAUACACAUAUGUACUGUAGUUAUAGAUACACACAUAUUUACUGUAGUUAUAGAUACACACAUAUACUGUAGUUAUAGAUACACACAUAUUUACUGUAGUUAUAGAUACACACAUAUACUGUAGUUAUAGAUACACACAUAUACUGUAGUUAUAGAUACACAUAUGUUCUGUAGUUAUAGAUACACAUAUGUACGAAAUCUAAAUUAAUCAGAUACUAACGAUGCUGACGGGAGGGGAUGGGGGAGGGGGCAACGUUAGUUUUUCCAUUUGGGAUUGUAGGAAGUGUCGGGACACUUCCAAUUGUAGGAAGCUGCUAUAUUGAGUGUCGCUACACUUCCACUUGUAGGAAGCUGCUAUAUUGAGUGUCGGGACACUUCCACUUGUAGGAAGCUGCUAUAUUGAGUUUCGGGACACUUCCACUUGUAUGAAGCUGCUAUAUUGAGUGUCGGGACACUUUUACUAGUAGAAAGUCGUUGAUGAAUUGAGUGUAAUAACAUUAUCAUUUGUACAAGUCUUGUUGUAAAUGUACUGAUAUAAACAAGGAGAAUAGAUUUAUUUUCAUCCAACUGAAACCUCAAUUCUUUUAGAAGGAGAGCGUACACCUUGCCCUGCCACUACCUAAGGACAAAUAAGAAGUAUCAUGUACAUGUACAAAGAGAUUUUCUUCAGUUGAGAAUGAGACUUUGUAUCUUUGAAAUCUACUGUAACUUUAUCUUUGAAAUCUACUGUAACUUUAUCUUUGAAAUCUACUGUAACUUUAUCUUUGAAAUCUACUGUAACUUUAGAAUACUUAAUGUAAUCAUGUCAACUCAAUGAAACGAGUUCUUGCAUGAUGUACCAGCCUGAAUUAUUGUGUAUAUACUUUCUAUUGAGAUGAAGUCUACAGUCGUAUCAUGGUAUCAAUGUUUAAUUGUCCAUACAGUAUCCCAUAAUGGUAUGCUAAAGUGUCUAUCUAUAAUCAUUCUAACUCGAGUGUUACUCGUUGUUCUCUUUCUAAAGCAAUGUCUUUAGUUCUAAUGCAAGCAACUACUUUUACAGGUCAGCUGGACCGACACCAUUCUUAUAGAAGGUCUCAACACUAAGCUGCAACGUCACAACCUGUGGGCAGUUUAGACCAAUAGCUCAUUGCCACGUGGUACAGAUCUGUGUUCAGGCCUUCUAGAAUGAUUGGUCUCGGCUGGACGCAUUAGUUUUGAACAAGUAGAACCAAAUGGUUUGAACUAGUUCAAUGCGUUGUACGUUUGAUACCCCAGGUAGAACAAAAGUUGAGUGGAACAAAAGUUGAGUGGAACAAAAGUUGAGUGGAACAAAAGUUGAGUGGAACAAAAGUUGAGUGGAACAAAAGUUGAGUGGAACAAAAGAUGAGUGGAACAAAAGUUGAGUGGAACAAAAGUUGAGUGGAACAAAAGUUGAUUUGAACUUAAGUUGAGUUGAACUAAAGUUGAGUGGAACAAAAGUUGAGUUGAACAAAAGUUGAGUUGAACUAAAGUUGAGUUGAACUAAAGUUGAGUUGAACUAAAGUUGAGUGGAACUAAAGUUGAGUGGAACAAAAGUUGAGUUGAACUAAAGUUGAGUUGAACUAAAGUUGAGUUGAACUAAAGUUGAGUUGAACUAAAGCUGAGUUGAACUAAAGUUGAGUGGAACAAAAGUUGAGUUGAACUAAAGUUGAGUUGAACUAAAGUUGAGUUGAACUAAAGUUGGGCUGAACAAAAGUUGAGUUGAACUAAAGUUGAGUGGAACUAAAGUUGAGUGGAACAAAAGUUGAGUGGAACUAAAGUUGAGUGGAACUAAAGUUUGGUUGAACUAAAGUUGGGUUGAACUAAAGUUGGGUUGAACUAAAGUUGGGUUGAACUAAUGUUUAUUUGAACUAAAAUUCAUAAAUGUAUCAUGUAGUCAAAGUGUACUCUAAAUAUCUCCUUGCAAGUGUAAGUUGCUCAAUUUGACUAUGACAUUCAGAAACCGGAUGUGUGAUGAAAUCACGUUCUUUUUACGAGAUUUCUCUAGACGUUGAAUCCAAGCUAAUAUAACACACACACAACUACCCACUGUAACACACACACACACACGACUUAUGCAAUGCAAUAUUCUUGCCAGUUUGUGCAACAUUUUUCGUCCGGAUUAUCUGUUUAUGGUUGUGAUAUUUUGAGACUUAUCAAUUAAUCCAAUCCUUGUUAAAUGAUCUAUUAUUUCUUUUCAUCUAUUAUUUCUUGUAAAUUUGUAAUGUAUAUAAAAUGUUGUAUUUUGUCCAUGUUCUCAUUCUAUGAGAUAUUUGUCUUCGAAAACUUGGACAGAAAUGAAUGAAGUGAAGGAACAAGCA